CUGACAAUGGACCGGCUGGUUCUCUGCGUGCUGCUGUGUGCAGCUCUGGUGAAGGGAUACAGCUGCCCUGGCCGGUGCAUCUGCCAGCACCUCUCACCCACUCUGACGUUGCUCUGCGCUAAGACCGGCUUGCUAUUCGUGCCCCCGACCAUCGACCGCAAGACUGUCGAGCUUCGUCUCACCGACAACUUCAUCACCAUCAUACGUAAGAAAGACUUCUUCAAUAUGACCAGCUUGGUUCACCUCACGUUGUCCCGCAACACCAUCAGCCAGAUUGUCCCUCAUGCGUUCCUCGGCCUUCGUUCCCUGCGGGCUCUCCACAUGGAUGGCAACCGCCUCAGUGUGAUAAAGAGCGAUCACUUCAAAGGCCUCAUCAACCUGAGGCACCUCAUCCUUGGAAACAACCAGAUCCACCAGGUGGCCUCCACCUCCUUUGAUGAGUUUGUUUCCACUAUCGAGGACUUGGAUCUUUCCAGCAACAACCUGCGCAGCCUUCCGUGGGAAGCUAUAGCCAGAAUGACCAACAUUAACACUCUCACCCUGGACCACAACCUAAUCGACCACAUUGAAGCAGGAACUUUUACCAUGCUCACUAAGCUGGUCCGCCUGGACAUGACCUCAAACAGGCUGCAGAAACUGCCGCCAGACAGCCUGUUCCAGCACGCUCAGGUCCUGUCCGAUGCCAAGGGCUCCAGCUCAUCCACUCUGGCCGUCAGUUUCGGUGGAAACCCUCUUCACUGUAACUGUGAGCUGCUCUGGCUGCGCAGGCUUACAAGAGAAGAUGAUUUGGAAACCUGUGCUUCACCAGAUCCUCUCAUGGACAAAUACUUUUGGUCUAUCCAAGAGGACGAGUUUCUCUGUGAUCCCCCACUGAUCACUAAGAACAUUUCCACUAAGCCCUACGUGAUGGAAGGUCAAGGCGUGACACUUAAAUGUAAGGCAAUUGGUGAUCCAGAUCCAGAUAUCCACUGGCGGUCACCAGACGGCAAGCUGGUACAUAAUAACUCCCGUACCAUCCUGUAUGACAAUGGCACGCUUGAUAUCCUCAUCACCACACUGAAGGACAGCGGGGCCUUUAACUGUGUGGCGUCCAACGCCGCAGGCAUUGCCACAGCUGCCGUUGAGAUCAAUAUCAUCCCCUUGCCGUUGUACAUCAACAACACAGGCCACAUGCGGGAGGACCCCGGCCUCUCGGACAUCACCACUUCCUCCAAGUCUGGCAAUGACACGAAAGGCUACGACAAGCAGGACAGGAGAGUUAUGGUGACGGAACUGACCUCCUCCUCCGCAGUGAUCCGCUGGCCGUCCGAGCGCCACAUCCCCGGCAUCAGGAUGUACCAGAUACAGUACAACAGCACAGCAGAUGACACUCUGGUGUACAGAAUGAUUCCAUCUGCCAACAAGAACUUCUUGAUCAAUGAUCUGGCUGCAGGACGGGAGUACGAUCUUUGUGUGCUGGCAGUUUAUGACGACGGCAUCACGUCGUUGACGGCCACACGCGUGGUCGGCUGUGUGCAGUUCCACACAGCCAGUGAGGUCAGCCAGUGCCGCUUCAUGCACAGCCAGUUCCUCGGAGGCACCAUGAUAAUCAUCAUCGGUGGCAUCAUUGUUGCCUCCGUGCUGGUGUUCAUAAUCAUUCUGAUGAUCCGUUACAAGGCCUACGGCAGCCCGGUAGACAGCAAGGCUAAGGUCAGCUCUAGCAGGCACUCGCAGACCAACAGCAGCCAGCAGCAGCUUCAGUGCUCCACCUCCAAGCAGCCGUCUGACGAGGGCCAGCACGAAGCUCAGGUGCCCAAAGAGUGCAUGGCGCUGGUUCUGAGGGUGAGCGGCGAGAAAAAGGAGGACUCGGCGGCUACUACUGCCAUCCUGGAGGUGGAGCUCCCGUUAGAAGUAGACAAGAAGAAGAGAAGAAGCAGCAUGGAUGUCCAGCGAUCUGGCCCACCGUCCGAGGACACUCAGACAGACAGCAGCCUGACAGGAUCCACCAUGUCCCUCUGCCUCAUAGGGCCCAACGCCGGCACCAAAGAGGCCCCCAGGCUUAAGGACAAGAAAAGUGCUCUGGCCAGCGUGGGGUUGCUUCCUAACGAACUGGCACGAACUAGGCACAGAUUCUCUUUCGACGGUGGAGACUACUCCAUAUUUCAGAGUCAUAGUUACCCACGCAGAGCGAGGACAAGGUGGCACAAGUCCACCAACCAGCUCAACGUGGAGUCAUCGCCGCUGGCCAACAGGAGAGUUACGUUCAGCAGCACCGAGUGGAUGCUCGAGAGCACAGUGUGA